AAUCGGCAAACUAGGCGUGUGCCCUGCCCCCUGCUGAUGACCUCAUUCCUAUUUUCAUUUUGAUAUGUCAGUCAUGCAUGUCAUGCAGGAUCAAAGAUUUUUGUGCAGGAUGUUGUUCGCGGACAAUUGAAAAAAAGACAGCGUCACUGUCAGAGUUACUUAGGCCAUCAUCACCAAAAACAUGGAACCUUCGCAGCAGCAACAGACUGUGGCCGUCCAACAGCAACCCAUGGUCACCGUUCAACCGGAGACAUCUGUUUCCAAUGGAGUCAGGUCUCGUGGUAACUGGAAAGGUUUACGGAUCACUGGUUACUUGCAAGUCAUUCUGGGUGUGAUCUCUGUCCUGUUGGGAAUUCUGGCCAUUGUCUUCCAUACACACAUUUAUUUUGUCGGCUACGCAGUAUGGAUGGGUAUCUGCUUCUACAUUGUAGCAGGGAUCUUAGGCAUAGCGUCCGGAGGAAAACAGAAAACUGGAGUGGUCGCGGGGUACCUGAUCAUGUCCAUCAUUGCAGCUGUUUGUGCAUGUGCUAUGAUCGCGAUGGCUGGUGUGAAUAUUAAUAGUGACAGACAUAUCUGCCCAGAUUGGAUGUAUCAUAAUAUUGAUUAUGAUUUGGCAAGCCGUGUUGGAUGUUCCUCCUCAGAGGGGAGUCGUUUGGCAAUCGAUGCUUUGGUUUUGGUGGUCGGUGUGGCGGUGCUGGUUGUAUCAGUCGUUGGAGCUAGCUUGACUUGCUCAAGUCUGUGUUGCUAUCCCAGCCCAUCCUAUCCAAUGGUGUACUAUCAGAGUGCUCCACAAGUCGUUGCGGCUGGUCAGCCUGCAGUCCAGUAUGCGUUUGUGCCCCAGCAGCAGCAGCAGUUCGUACCCCAGCAGCAGCAGCAGUUCGUGCCCCAGCAGCAGCAGCAGUUCGUACCCCAGCAGCAGUUCGUACAGCAGCCUCAGUUUGGUAACGUGAUGUACCCAGGCCAGCCAAUCAUUGUCACCCCUGCACAGCCCCUCCAGCAACCCCAGGGGCAAGUACAGUACCAGACCACACCCCAGGGGACUGCCCCACCCCAGGCGCAAACCCAAGCUGAAGCUCCACCAGGCUACACGCCGACAGAACCCACCUCCAAAACUUCCAACUUACCUGAAGAUCACCACAGCAAACCGCUCAUUACCUAAAGGUCAAGGGUCAUUGCACUAAAUCUUCAAAAAGGCAAACUGAAAGAUAUUUAUUAUUAUUAAUCAUUUCUGGUAAUGAAACCAAGGAUUCCUCAAAAGCGCCCUAGGCACUGUAGCUCGCAAGCCUGAAGAAACCUGUAGAGAGAAGACAAUGAGAAGAAGUUACAGUUUUAGAAGUGGGAGGAAAAGCCCAGAAGAAUAUUCUGGGUAAAACCCACGAAAUCAAGCAGGGACCGAAAACCCAAUCCACAUAUUGGCCCAGGCGGGAUUCGAACCCGGGUCACAGCGGUGGAAGGCGAGGAAAGUACCGCUAUGACAACCUAACUCCCAUCAUAUUUCUCAUCAUAUCAUCUCACAAUAUCGAAGGAAACCUUUGUUUUUAGUUCUAACUAAAGCAAUUAACCUUUAGCGGGCUAAGCAAAAAAAAAAAAACGAAACCCAAAUUUUGGGAAGUUCUGCAUGUAGC